AUGUACUUGGUUAUAAGCUUAACCGUGGCUGACAUGUUGGUUGGAGUCCUAUCCGCGGGUCAUGGUCAAUUUAAUCUCCUACGGCGAUGUCGCCUUAUAAAAUUGAAUUUAUCUUUUGAAGUUAGAUUUUCAUUAGCGAUUUUGUUUAAAUCCUUUCUUUUUGUCUCCUUGACAAACAUUGUUGUGAUUUCUUUAGAGCGAUUUCACGCCACGUUUCGACCAUUUAGGCAUCGGCUCAUCGAGAGAUGGGUCUACGUGAUAGCAAUUACUGUUGUCUGGGUUUUUCCUGCAAUUGGUUGCGUCAUUCAUGUGGUAGAUAUGCUUUAUUUGACAUGGACAUUUCCUUUACAUAACGGUAUCCUUCGGUCUUUUGUGUUUGAUUGUUACCUUUGUUUCUUACACGUCCAUUCUGUUUAA